AUUUAUAAGACAUUAUACCAUCGUGAGUAACACUAGUGAAGAAAAUACGGAGUUUAGGCUAUAAAGUCGAAAACAUCUUUAAUAUAGUCAUGGACGUUACUACUAAUGCGAGUGAUGGUUGUUCGGGAAUGAAAAUACUCUGCCGCCAGAUGAAUAAAACAGAGGAGGAUAGUGAGAAAGAUCAGGACGAAACAAUACAGGAGACAGUUGUUACAGUUGAAGAGAACAUUGCCAAGAAAAGUCUUCUGUAUUCAAUUGCGGAUACCCCACCGUUUAAUGUGUGCUUACUUUUAGGCUUUCAGCACUAUAUCACGGCCGUUAGUAGCAUCAUCUCCGUUCCUCUGAUGUUACGUGAACCCUUUUGUAUGGAUGAUGACGUAGUAGGGGUCAGCGAGCUCAUAGGGACCAUCCUUUUCGUUUCCGGUCUGUCCACGUUGUUUCAGACCACGCUUGGGGUACGCCUUCCGAUCGUCCAGGGAAGUACAAUUACGUUUGUGGUACCAACGCUUGCGAUCCUUGCUCAAAAACAGUGGACGUGUCCGUACACUGAGGCUAGGGCAAUGUAUGGCCACAGUGUGAACUUUACGGACAUUGGUUUGCCUGAGAUAGGAAGCGAAGAACACAGAAACAUCUGGAAAAUGAGGAUCCGAGAAAUCCAAGGAGCUAUAAUUGUUGCGUCGCUCUUUCAAGUUACCAUUGGUCUUAGCGGCGUCAUGUCCUAUUUGCUCCGAUUCGUAGGUCCACUAACCAUUGUACCUGUCAUCACAUUGACUUCUAUCUCACUGUUUCCGGUCAGCGCUGAUAUGGCAUCGGGUCAGUGGUGGAUCGCGAUCCUGACUAUGGUUCUUAUUACAGCAUUUAGUCAAAUAAUAAGCGAACUUAAGGUACCCGUAAUUUGUCCGGGUCGUAAAGGUUGUAACAAGUCUAGUAUACAACUAUUCGGCCUAUACCCAGUUCUUUUUGGAAUAUUCAUCUCCACAAUAGUUUGUGCCAUCCUAACCACCACGGGCGUUUGGACAGACGAUAAAGAUGAAUGGGGCUAUGAGGCGCGCACUGAUACAAAUCUCCACGUUUUAGGUAAAGCAAAGUGGUUUCGUUUUCCUUAUCCGUGUCAGUGGGGCGUACCAACCGUCUCUGUCAUAGGGGUGUUCGGUAUGCUAUCUGGAGUAUUGUCAGCAAUGAUUGAAUCCGUUGGCGACUACUUCGCUCUUGCUCGACUUGCUGGUGCACCGCCUCCACCUUUGCACGCUGUUAAUAGGGGGGUAAUGACUGAAGGUCUUUGUUGUUUAAUCACCGGUGCUUGGGGUUCUGGAAACGGUACUACUUCUUUCGCGGAAAACAUCGGCGUUGUUGGGUUAACCAAAGUUGGAUCACGACGCGUUGUGCAAGUAGGCGGGCUUAUGAUGUUAGUUCUCGGAUGUCUUGGAAAAUUUGCUGCCCUUUUUUUGAUAAUACCGAAACCGGUUUUGGGUGGAACUUUUAUGAUAACUUUCGGAAUGGUUACAGCUGUUGGAAUAUCAAACCUUCAAUUCGUGAACCUCAAUUCACCGCGAAACCUAUUUGUACUCGGCGUCCCAAUAUUCUUUGGAAUAAGCCUAUCACAAUGGCUAGAGCAUAACGGCGGAAUUAACACAGGAAGCGAAACGGUGGACCAACUACUCACUGUUUUAUUAAGCACGGGAAUGUUCGUCGGCGGAGUUCUUGGGUUUGUGCUGGACAAUUUGGUACCCGGCACGGACGAAGAGCGGGGAAUCAAAUCUUGGAGGGUGCAAACCGAUGGCAAAGGGAGCGAACUCGUUACCGCGGAUGAAUCUGUGUACGACUUACCUGUCAUUGGCGCGAUGAUGAGAAAAUUUCCGGUGUUUAGAUACCUUCCAAUCAGUCCCACUUAUAAAAAGACGUAACUGAGUAACUAUGUAUUUCGUGAACAAUGGACAGUACAUCAUUGUGUCAGGACUAAAAGUGAUAUAUUUUCCUUCUCUGAUUGUAAACGUUUGAAAAUUAAGCCAUGUUUAUUAAGAUAAUAACUGGGUCAGGGCCUACUUCCAGACGAUGCCUAAAAAUUGGACACCUUAUUAGAAGUAGUAAUAGCAGGUUGUGUAUGUUUGAGUAUGAAAUAGUCUUUCAAUUACAAACGUCAUACUAACUAGGCGCGUUAACAUUACUGGUUUUGCUUUGCAUUCUUCUUGGCUAAACAAGGUACAUGUAUGAACUCUCAGCGCAUUUCCUUUCUGACUUUACGAAAGGACACAGGGUGGUCCUUAUUUCUUAACAUUUGAAACACCUCGGCCAAUUUCCAUUGAAAACAACCGCGGGUGUAAAUGGACGGUUAAAACUGCCAGAAUGCUUUACAUUUAACUAAGCUGCAAGAAGAUCGCGUAGUUAUUUGAUUUAUUAAGAAGAUAAACGUAAUACUUUUACUCUUGCGAAUCUUAAUAAUUUAUGUAAUUAUACCAUUUACUGGCAUUCAAUUAAAUUGAUACUAUUAUUUACCUAUUUACAAACUACUUCACCAGAUAUACCGGCAUACGUCCGAGGUUGUUGUUGAUGUUUCUGUGUUUUAAACAACCAACACACAUCAGUUGAUCGUGUCCAAAAUAAAGUACAAUGACCUGCUGGUUCAUUGCGGGCCGCUGCAAUCAAGUACUUUUGAGCUGAAAAUGUAGACACAGUUAAAUUUUCCCUUGAAUACAUGAGUUGUCGUUCUUACCAUAAUUAAAUAAACGAUGUUACUUUUGACAUUUAUUAUGUAGACACAGUCUAAUUUUUUAAAGAGUUGUCUUUCGUAUGUUUGUUUUCGGGACGUUUCUGGGCAAAUACUAAAGUGCUGACGAGUAAGCUGACGAUAUAGAAAUAGAGUAGAGUUGCUGACCAAUUGCUGACCAUAAAGACAAAGAAGGAAGAAAAUAAGUUUUGAAAUUAAAGAUUUUUUAAGACUUAUUUUGUUUAAUUUAUUUUAUAUACUCCUUAAAGUGUACGUAAAGAUGGAUGUUUGUGUAUUUUUAUUGAAAAUGGCGUUCAUUGAAAUGAAAUGAGUAUUUUUUGUCACGUGAACCAAUUAUUUUAAUUGAAAAUGUAGCUUUAAAUGUUAGACUCACAACUUGUGGAAAACUAUCUGCACUACAUCAAAGAACGAUCAAAAGAAUGUUGUUUGCCAAUCCCGUUUCUGGGUACGUACUUAAGUGCUGACGAGUUAGCUGAUGAUACAGAAAUAGAGUAGAGUUGCUGAUUUAAUUAAUUUAUUUUAUAUACUUCUUAAAGUGUACGUAAAGACGGAUGUUUGUGUGUAUUUAUUGAUGGCAGUUCAUUGAAAUGAAUUGAGUAUAUUUUAAUUUGUUUGCUGGUUUGGUGAAAAGAUGAGAAGAUAUCACGGAUUCAAUUACUUUUUUAGGUGUUUCAUUUACAUUUGUUUGAACCAAUUAUUUUAAUUGUAAAUGUAGCUUUAAAUGUAAGCCCCACAACUUGUGGAAAACUAUCUGCACUACAUCAAAGAACGAUCAAAGGAAUGUUGUUUGCCAAUCCAUUAUUGAUCAUUUUAAAUGAAAUAGAUUUCUCUUUAAUCUGUUGUAUUUUUGAAGUUGUUUUGAGGAAAACAAGGCAAACUGUUGCUAAUAAAAUGUUCAUAUGAUGUAAAAUAAUAAAAUAAAGCAUGAAUCAUUAAUGGCGAAAUAAGUGUAAUCUAUUCAUUUUUAUUUAUUAUUUGUUAAUUAACUUGUAUAAUCCAAUAAAACCUCAAAGGCGUGUUGUCACAUUUCGCACAAAGACCCUCGGGGUGUUGAAUUGUUGUAUGGUCAUUACAUUUCAUGGUCCAGUGCAUAUUUAUGACCAAUUACUGCCUUUUUCAGAAUUUAAUUACCAAUUUCUUAGCUGACCAAUGUAUGCUUUAGGGAAACUCGAUACUGCCGUAUUGUUAAGUUACUAACCAAUUCCUCAGCUGACCAAUAUAACAUAUAUGAAAACUUGACUCUGAUGCAUUGUAAAGUUAGUGUCAAUUUACAUAGUGAUUUAACUAAUAUGUUAUUGAAACUUAUUUUCAAUAUAAGUAACUAAAUGUCCCGAGAAUUGUUACUGAAUAUAAAAAUGGAUACCAAAAUAAAUAAAGGUUGUUACAGCUGUGCUUGUGCAAGAACUGUAACUUUGGUUUGCCUUAUUUAUGUCUUUUCCCGAGUAAGCAAGAGACAUGUUGAUUUAGUGCUGUCUGUCUGUUACAAAACUUUGUCCCCUGUAAAACUUAUAGUUGUACUAUAACAUGGAAGAAGUGUUUAAUAUAAACUGUAGUUGUGCAUAGACUAAUGUUUUACCAAAAUAGGUCUCUUUUAAUUCCUUCAUAGCCUUGACUCGACAUCAGCCAUCACCAACUUCAAAAUAUUUACAUGGUAGAUUUGUUUGUGGGCCCGCUUUUAUACUUUGUAUCACAGUUUUUCUUGUGUAUCUUUAGCAUCUACCUACCAUUGGACCAGACACCUAAUGUCAACGGUGAAUGAAUCAAUUAUUAAGAUGUGGUCAUGCAUAAAUAAUCGUUUAGCUAAAUGUAUGCCUAGGGAGAGCUUAAGAAUUUGAC